AUGGGAGCUGCCUUCUUGCUGGAGGAGCCUUCUCCCGACGGGGCGGAUCGGUUUUACCAACAGAAGGGCCGCAGCCGAGGAGGGCAGCAGCUGCUGAUGACCAAGGUGUGCAGCCAUCAGGUCUCGCAGGCCGAAGACGGUGCUGAGAGCAGGAAGAAUUUCCUCCUCACAAAGAAGAAGAACACGCUUCUUGGAAGAACGUACCUUAUUGUUCGGCAAGGCGAUAUUCCCGAUACCUUCCGCGCGCCGCUGCCCGAUCUGAGGCGAACGCAAUCCCCGUCUCCGGUUGUCAAAGCAUCAGCAAGACGAUAG